GAGGUUGUUUCCGGGUGUGGGAGCGUGUAUUAUUGUGUUCGGGGCAGGGAUUGGCAAGGGGGAUUCUUUGUGCAUUUUUGCCCAUAAAUUUGGGAGCCUCUGGGUUUUCUCCAUAGACUUUUGUCAGUCCAGAAAAUAAUGAAUCGCAUUUUCGGACGAGGUAAACCAAGAGCACCACCACCAAAUCUCUCGGACUGCAUUGGAAAUGUGGACGGCAGGGCCGAGUCCAUCGAUAAGAAGAUCGCCAGGCUCGACGCGGAGUUGAUGAAGUACAAGGACCAGAUGAAAAAGAUGAGGGAAGGACCGUCCAAGAACAUGGUGAAGCAGAAGGCCAUGAGGGUUCUGAAGCAGAAGAGGAUGUAUGAGGGGCAGAGGGAUAACCUGACACAGCAGUCCUUUAACAUGGAGCAGGCCAACUACACCAUCCAGUCCCUGAAGGACACCAAGACCACGGUGGACGCCAUGAAAAUUGGAGCCAAAGAGAUGAAAAAAGCGUACAAGCAAGUGAAGAUCGACCAGAUCGAGGACCUGCAGGACCAGCUGGAGGACAUGAUGGAGGAUGCUAACGAGGUGCAGGAGGCUCUGAGCCGCAGCUAUGGCACGCCGGAGAUCGACGAGGACGACCUGGAGGCGGAGCUGGAUGCUCUGGGCGAUGAGCUCCUAUUGGACGAUGACAGCUCUUACCUGGAUGAAGCCUCUUCUGCUCCCGCCAUCCCAGAGGGCGUGCCGAGUGACAGCAAGACCAACAAGGACGGCGUUUUGGUGGACGAGUUUGGCCUGCCGCAGAUUCCGGCUACAUAGGAGGCUCAUUGAGGCGACGCGUCAAACCCUUUUUUUAAUGUAAAAUAACAUUUAUAUAUAAAAAUGUCACAAAUGUGGCCUGCUUGCAGUCAAACAUUGAAUUUGAAGUGACGGGUGAAAAGUAUUGAAGCUGUUUUAUUUAAUUUUUUUCUUCUUCAUCUAUUUAGGUUCGUUAGCCUGUUCCCCUGGCUCCUCAUUACUGUAGUAUUUAACUGUGGCCCGGACACUAAGCUGCUGUGUUGACGAUUACAUUUUAAAGCUUCAGAUUGUUUCUGUCUGAAAAUGUUGCCUUUUUUUCUGUAACAUAAAAUGAAUAUAAUAAACAUUUUAAAUGAA